ACUUUCUUUCUUUUUUUAAUUCCUUUGGUGGAAUAAAGAAACAGAGGUAAUACACUGACGUCAUCAACAGACAAGGAUAAUGGGAUCCUGUGUGUCUGUGCCAGAGAGAAGAAUUGUGAUUUUAGGAAGGAAAGGUGAUGGAAAAAGCAGCGCCGGGAACACAAUCCUUGGAGAAAAAGUAUUCACCCCUAAAGCUUCGGGCGAUUCAGUAAAAGCUAUAUGUGAAAUAAGAAAGAAGAGGCGAUACGGAAGCAAGAUCACAGUUAUCGAAUCACCAGGAUUCUUUGACACAGAUCGUGAUGAUAAGGAGAUGAAAUCUGAGAUCAUCAAAGCUCUGGUUGAAUGUGCUCAAGGUGUUGAUGCCUUUGUGAUUGUUCUAAAGGUCGGAGAGUACACAAGCCAAGAAAUAGAGGUGCUACAGCGAUGUCUGAAAACACUGAAAGAGGAUGUGUUUGACCACACAGUGAUCUUAUUCACUUUUGGCAAGCAACUAAAAGACCAGACCAUUGAAGAAUUUCUGAAGGCCAAUUCACAGCUUCAGGAGCUGGUUGAUAAAUGUGGAGGUCGCUGUCACGUCAUCGACAACAAAUACUGGAAAAAACGUAAACGGGGGAACAAGAGCAACAAGGUACAGGUGAAAAAUCUGCUGGAGACUAUUGCCAAGAUGAGACAUAAGAAUGGCUGCUUCACCAAUGAGCUUUUUCAAAAGAUAGAAAUACAAAUUCAAGAGGAGAUUGGAAAAAUGGGUGGGGAAAAUUUGCCUCCAGAAGAGAAACGAGAAAACGCAAAGAAAAAUGUUAAGGAAAAAAUAUUGGUGCAGGCUGCAGGAGCGACAACAGGAGUACUGAUUGGUGCUCUUCUGGGCGCAUGUGGUGCAGUGACUAUCAUUCUGGCUUUCUUACAAAUGACCUUCCCUAUAAGAGCAUUACUUAAUGUAGCAGCAGCUGUUGUAGGAGUUGGAGGAGCAAGAGAAGCAGAGACAGGAGUAACAGAUCCUGAAGAAGCAGAAGUGAAAACAGGAGAAAAAGCAGGAGGAACAUCAACAGAAACGGGAGAAAAAGCAGGAGAGGCAGUAGCUGAAGCAGUAAGAGCAGCAGCAGCGGCAGGAGGAGCAGGUAUAGCGAUUCAAUCAGACGAUUAA